AUGACAGGCACAGAUAACAAAGGACAAAAUGGCGCAAAGGAUGGCGACAGGGUCGAGCAAAUGCUCUUUGAGAUUUAUUUUGUUGACACUUCCACCAAAGCUGCUCAACUUGACAAGAUCGCCCCUGUACCAAAGAUAGAGAUGGAAAAGAAGUUGUCCGAGGUCCGAGCUCACCUUCGCGCCAAUAAGGCUCUAUCAUGGAGAGAGGCAUCAUGCACCUUCUGCACUCUCUCGGGAGCUGAGUUGAAGGAUAAUCUCACUCUUGCUGACUACAAGGACCUUGCUGCGAGCCAGGGAAAGGAACCUGGAGCUGAGCAAGACAAGUCGAAACAAAUUGUCACUAAUGUCAAGGAAGCUGACAAAAAGGAAAAGAUAUCGAUCAAAAUUUACUUUCGAUCGCUCAAGCGCAACUUGGGAUUGGACGAGAAGACCAAGGAGUUUCUGAAGCAGAAGAUGGAAUUUGAGCUCAAGAAAGCGGAGCUCUUGCCUGAAGAGGAGCGUAAGAUGCUCAAAGGUUCAUACAGCCAUCGGGACUUUAUGGCAGAAGUUGGAAACGGAAGCAUCAUCCAUCCGGCCGACAUGUCAGAAGAACAAUGGAACUCGGUGGUAGAGACCAAUUCUUUGCUCCAUGGGAACACAAUUUUCCGAGAAGCAUAUACUCUUCCCAUCACGGUGGAGAGAGCCAUGUACCCGGCCUUUCGACUCAAACCUCGAGCCAUUUUCGACUUCACUGAAGACGGUCCCAAAAACAGGACUGGGAAGAAGGGGAGUAACGGAACAACUGAAGAGUACCGAAUCCCUCGAUUCAUUGUUACAGAUGACGCGUAUGUCGAAGUGUCUGAGCACAAGACAUCGGUCAUGACGGCUAUGGCUGAGAGUUCUCUGUCCAAGAACUCAUCCGAGGUUGCCAUAGGGGGUGGUGCUUUUGGAUGGAGUGGAGGUGUCACCGGUGGUCACGAAUACGAGAGCAGCGAGCGCAACCAGAUACGAAGGGAUGAAGAGGCCAACCACAUGAUUAUCACCUACAACUUCCCGCGCGUCACUCUUAGUCUCGACUAUGAUAACCUAGAGCUGACUCAGGAAUGCAAGAAUGAUCUUGCAACUGUGAAAACUCGUGAGGACGCCGGGAGGUUUAAGAGAAAGUUUGGAUGUUUCUUUUCCACCAAAGUACAGUUGGGUGGUCGUCUGCACUCGACCCAAGAAUCCACGGCUGUAACGGGCAGCACAGUUGGAGAAAAGUCGAAAAGGCUCAAGGUUACGGCCGCAGCGACUUUCGCUGGGCCGGCCGCUGAAGGUAUUGUCAAGGGAGGCUAUGGAGAAGACAGUACGCAGCAAGAUAGGUCUUCAACUUCUACAUACGACAGUCAUAUGGCUUGGGAAGCCAAAGGAGGCGACACUCUUCUCUGCAAUAAUCCUCCUGCUUGGUGCAGUACCGUUUCAUCAUACUACAAUUGGCGUGUAGUCAAGCAAGAUAAUGUAAUAUCAAUUGAAGACAUUAUUUCCCAGGUCGCGAAAGAUCAGAAGCAUGUCUUUGAAAAUUUGAAGAGAUUCGAAGAACGCGCAUCAAGUAAUUCAGUGGAUAUCUGCUUUUAUCACAAAGAAACCUCAAGGUAUCUGGGAUUCAACACUGAUGCUGACUCUGUCCCCGGUAUCAUUUUCGCAGAUCUUUUCAAGAGAGGAGAUAUUCCAGCCCCGGACUUCCUCGUCAACUUGAAAGAUAACCCAGAAUAUUGUAAGAUGGUUUAUGCGCAAAUGUUGGGAAGAGGCAGCAGAAAGACACUUUCUUUGGGUAGCGUGCAAAACAAUGAUGCGCAGGUGUUCCAGCUCUCUGGGAAAGUGGUACAAUGUGAAAAUCAACGUCUCCGACUCAUGAAGCAGGAGGAUUACAAUGUGUGGAAGGCUGAUGUCAACUGCCCAGUUGGCUACGUCCCUGGCACCGAAAAGUACAAGAGGACCCAGCUGCAAGAAUGUUACAAGGUCAAGAAUGAAGAAGAGGUACGCUUCCGCUGUAUGCCCGUAACUGACCAGACUGCACAAGGUCUUGGACAAGAGGUAAAAGUGGUGAUUGAGGUCUACUCGGGGACAGAGUUUUUGGGACAUAUCCGAGAGGCAGAUGGGCACAAGGGGGCAGUGGUGGUAGAUCGCGGUCCCAAGGACAAGUUCCAGGACAAAGGCGACAUCAAAACCAGUGAACCAUUGCAAUUCACUUUGCGAUACCAGCCGUACGAGGACAAUGCGGUAUAG